AUGCUGCUAGCGGCGCUCCGGCCCCGUGCGGGGCAGCGGCAUCAGCGGGGUGGCCGGCGGGGACAGCGCGGGCGGCCGCGCUGGCGAGGAGGGGCCGCGGCGCCUGCGGACCGGGGUGCGCGCCGCCCCACGCCGCUCACAUCGCGGGUUCCACCGCUCGCCCGAGCUCAGGCGCUACGCUCCUCCGUCGCCCAGGUGCGGCUCCGGCGGGCCGGGGUGUGGCGCGGGCCGUGGCGGCGGCCCCUCCGUGCCGCUCAAGCUGAAAACUUUGGUGGCGUCCGCGCGGCGCCGUCUCCGCCGGCGCGCCGGGCUCGCCCCUUUAUAGAGUGUCUGCGCCGCCGCCCGCGCCGCGCACACCCCCCCGCCGCCGCCGGGCCGCCCCUCCCGGAGCGAGCGGCCGCGGGCAGGGCUCCGGCCCGGCGCCUUUGUCUCGCCCGGGCCGCUCGGGCGCCGCACUGCCUGCGCUCCGGGUCGGCCGACCGCUUCUGGUCCUCGGGAAGCGACUCGCCUCCCCGCUCCGCUUGCCCAGCCCGCUCCGGCUCAGGUGUCCCUGUCUCUGGACUUUCUUUCCCAGCUCCUGUCCACUUCGCGGGGUCCUCCGGCGACCUGCCAGGCUCGGAGGCUCGCGGCCGGAGCGGAGUGCGCACGGUGGGGUGGCGGGACUUCGGCAAGAGCAACUUUCCGGCUCCGUGGCCCCAGUGCCUACUAUCCAGGCCUACGGAGUGGGCAACGAAUGCGACUCAAAGUUCCAAGUCCACGAAAGUCCAGCGAGCCUGCCGCGUGUUGUCGGGAUUUCGGGGAUAACGUGGGGGCCAGUAUCCCAACUUAUCUGACUAUUCAGGCUCUUGGAAAGCUGUCUUUCGGCUCUACGCUUGGGUUUUCCCACACUGCAUUCUCCCGCCCCGCAUCUAAGCCUAAGUUCCACGAAGCAACAGCUUUGGGCUCCGGGAAGAGCGCAAGAGAAUUGUGCUGAGGAAGAACGCGCACAGGUUGGAGUCGCCUCCAAACAGCCCCAAGAGCCACUUACGAAAAAAAAAAAUUCCUUAAGGUUGGUUUGUUUUUCCUUUCGGUGGAGGGUGUACUUACUUAAGUGAAAAAAAUUAAAAGCAAAUAAAAGAUUUUCGAAACCGUGAAUUCUGUUUUAACACACGUAUACACUUACGCACACGGAUGGCACGUUCGCAGU